AUGGGCCAAUUCGACUGGUUCCUCAAAAUCGGCGCCACCCCGCAAGCUGUCGCCGUGCUCAACGACCAGCCCAUCCUCUUCACCAUUCUCAUCGUCGUGCUCAUCGCCGUCAUCCUCGAAUGCGUGCUGAUGUGGUACAUUCACUAUGCCACGAUGAAGCCGGAGCAGCGGGCGGCUAAGAAUAAGAAAAAGAAAGCGGGCACGGGAGAUAAUAAAAACGCUGCGCCAGGUGGGGGGAGGAUAUGUGGGGAUGGAAGCUGCGGGCUGAGCAAGGAGUAUACGGAUGGGAAGAGAGCAGCGGAGGUCAAAUCCGACAUUGGUGGGCGAUGGGGGAAAGAGCGGGAAGCUAUCGAUGGACGAAGGGCCUAUUGA